AUGCCACUAAAAAGAACUCCACCGUCCACUCCUCAACAGGAAAGGUCCUUGCCGCAGGUCCUUGAAUCUGAUGUAAAUCAAAGUUCUGCCCCGCCCACUGAUACUGAUAAUGAAAGCUCCAAUGUGAACAAUCGGAAUAGAAAUCGACCCCGUAAGCGUCAGCAUGACGACGACCUAACUUCUUUCAUGGUGGAAAUAAGGAAAUCCAUUGCAAUUUUAACCAAGCAGCAAGACACAAUACAAGAAAGCAUUAAAGAUAUUAAACAGCAAAACACUGACAUCAAAGAAUCAAUGGAUUUCAUAUCAAAGCAAUAUGAAGAUAUGAAAAACAAAUUGGCCAAACUGGAAUUAGAAAGGAAAUCUCAUUUAGCCUAUAUUCAGGGUCUUGAACAAAAGGUAGAGAAUUUGGAAAGGUCACAAAGGCAAGCCAGUAUUGAGAUCAGAAACAUUCCUCUACAUAAAAAAAGAAUCAAAGCAAGAUCUGGUGCAACUAGUAAAAAAAGUUGGAGAAACAAUGAAUGUAUGUGUAGACGAAUCACAGAUCCGGGACAUCUUUCGUCUUAA